CAAAACCGUUGGUGAUACCCCACAAUGGCCGUUGUUCUAAUUCCACUUCUCGCUCUCUUUUCAAUCUCUCUUCUUCCUCCCCUUCAUCUUCUUCAAUCCCAGCUUUCCAACAUCCACUCACUAUUCUCUGAAAUUCCCUUCAAACCCCACCUCUGGGUCCAAUUCCAGGGAGAUGAUCGAUUAUUCAGCUUCCCUUCCCUUACUUGUAACGAUCGGGAAAUGGGCAAUUUGGUUGGGGUUAUAAUGUUGUUAUGCGUAUAAUCUGCGUGUUUUCGAGGUGGGGUUUGUGGGAAUUUGGAGAGGGAGAGAAUGUCGAAUCUAUAUGGGGAUUUUAACCAGAAGAUUGAUUAUGUUUUCAAAGUUGUGUUGAUCGGAGAUUCGGCCGUCGGCAAAACCCAACUCCUUGCUCGAUUUUCACGGAAUGAAUUUAGCGUUGAUUCCAAAGCUACUAUUGGAGUCGAGUUUCAGACUAAAACUCUUGUUGUUGAUCAGAAAACAGUGAAAGCCCAGAUAUGGGAUACUGCUGGACAAGAACGGUACAGAGCAGUGACAAGUGCAUACUACAGAGGUGCAGUGGGAGCGAUGCUGGUUUACGAUAUGACGAAGCGCCAGUCAUUCGAUCACAUGUCCCGGUGGCUGGAAGAACUAAGAGGACAUGCUGACAAGAACAUCGUUAUAAUGCUGAUCGGAAACAAAUGCGACUUAGGAAGCCUCAGAGCAGUGCCAACAGAAGAUGCACAAGAAUUUGCAGAAAGAGAGAACCUGUUCUUCAUGGAGACAUCAGCGCUCGAGUCGACAAACGUCGAGACUGCGUUCUUCACAAUUCUAAAAGAGAUUUAUAGGAUAAUCAGCAAGAAGAGCCUUGCAGCUGGGGAAGCAAUAGAUAUUAGUGGGAAUGCGGCGCUGUUUAAAGGAACUAAUAUUAUUGUUCCUGGACAAGACCAGGAUUCUGUCAAAAAAGGGUGUUGUUUUGCUUCGUGAACUUCACAUAAUUCCAUAAUCAUUUGAGUUGGGACCUUGUUUUUCUAUUCCACCUUGGUUUAUACUAAGAAAAAUGAAUUCAAUGUAUUACUAAUUUGUAUAGAGCCUGGCUUGAUACC